AUUUGUAGAAUUAGAUUUGUAAAUUUAAUUUCUAUUAGAUUAAGUUGUUUUUUAUUAAGUUUAUAUUUUUUAUUAAAUAAUAUAGUUUAUUUUAUUGAAUUUGAAUUAGUUUCGUUAAAUUCUUUGAGAAUUGUUAUAACUUUAUUAUUUGAUUGAAUAAGUUUAUUAUUUAUAUCUUUUGUUUUAAUAAUUGCUUCUUUAGUUAUUUUUUAUAGAAAAGAAUAUAUAAGUAGUGAUGAAAAUAUUAAUCGAUUUAUUAUAUUAGUUUUGAUAUUUGUUUUAUCAAUAAUGAUAUUAAUUAUUAGUCCUAAUUUAAUUAGAAUUUUAUUAGGUUGGGAUGGUUUAGGAUUAGUUUCUUAUUGUUUAGUUAUUUAUUUUCAAAAUGUAAAAUCUUAUAAUGCCGGUAUAUUGACAGCAUUAUCAAAUCGUAUUGGAGAUGUAGCUUUAUUAUUAGCUAUUGCUUGAAUAUUAAAUUAUGGGAGUUGAAAUUAUAUUUUUUAUUUAGAAGUUAUAAAAAAUGAUUAUGAAAUAUUAAUAAUUGGAUUUUUAGUUAUGUUAGCUGCUAUAACUAAAAGAGCUCAAAUUCCUUUUUCAUCUUGAUUACCAGCUGCUAUAGCUGCUCCUACUCCUGUUUCUGCACUAGUUCAUUCUUCUACUUUGGUUACAGCUGGAGUAUAUCUUUUAAUUCGGUUUAAUAUUUUAUUAAGAACUUCUUGAUUAGGUCAAUUAUUAUUAUUAUUAUCUGGUUUAACUAUAUUUAUGGCUGGUUUAGGAGCUAAUUUUGAAUUUGAUUUAAAAAAAAUUAUUGCUUUGUCAACUCUUAGACAAUUAGGAUUAAUAAUAAGAAUUCUUUCUAUAGGAUUUUAUAAGUUAGCCAUAUUUCAUUUAUUAACUCACGCAUUAUUUAAAGCUUUAUUAUUUAUAUGUGCAGGUGCUAUUAUUCAUAAUAUAAAUAAUUCUCAAGAUAUUCGUUUAAUAGGGGGUUUAAGAAUUCAUAUGCCAUUAACUUCUGCUUGUUUUAAUGUUUCUAAUUUAGCCUUAUGUGGCAUACCUUUUUUAGCUGGAUUUUAUUCAAAAGAUAUAAUUUUAGAAAUUGUUAUAAUUAGUAAUAUUAAUUUAUUUUCAUUUUUCUUAUUUUUUUUUUCUACAGGUUUAACUGUUAGUUAUUCUUUUCGGUUAGUUUAUUAUUCAAUAACUGGUGAUUUAAAUUGUGGUAGUUUAAAUAUAUUAAAUGAUGAAAGAUGAAUUAUAUUACGAGGUAUAAUAGGGUUAUUAAUUAUAAGAAUUAUUGGAGGUAGAAUAUUAAAUUGAUUAAUUUUUCCUUAUCCUUAUAUAAUUUGUUUGCCUUUGUCAAUAAAAUUAUUAACAUUAUUUGUUUGUAUUUUUGGUGGAUUAUUAGGUUAUUUAAUUUCUUUAACUAAUUUAUAUAGUUUAAAUAAAUCUUUUAUUUUUUAUAAUUUUUCAACAUUUUUAGGAUCUAUAUGAUUUAUGCCUUACAUUAGAACUUAUGGAAUAAUUUUUUAUCCAUUAAAUUACGGUCAAAUUGUUGUAAAAAGUUUUGAUCAGGGGUGAUCAGAAUAUUUUGGAGGUCAACAUUUAUAUCAAAAAUUAGUUAAUUAUUCUCAAAUUUUAUUUUUAAUACAUAAUAAUAGUUUAAAAAUUUAUUUAAUAUUAUUUGUGUUUUGAAUUUUAAUUUUAUUUAAUUUUUUAUUAUUUAUUU